AUGUCAGACGAGUAUUAUCUAUGGUUGGCUGGAAAGGAGCAACCAGGAGGAUCACCUUUAAUCCCUAUUGAAGAUCCAGCAACUGGGGAGAUAUUUGCAGAAUGCCACGCAGCCUCUGAGAAAGAUGUUGAUGAUGCUGUUUCUGCUGCACACCUGGCUUACAAGUCUGGCAUUUGGUCGCGCGCUAGCCAUCACCACAGAGCUGAUGUCUUGGAUAACUGUGCCAUUCUACUCACAGAAGCCUUACCUGAACUUAUUGCACUGGAGUCAAAACAGACUGGCCGGGUAAUAAAAGAGAUGAAGGCUCAAAUACCGUCUCUCGUGAAGUGGUUCAAAUACUACGCUUCACUGCUCCGCGUUGAAGAAAGAGCCGUUCUUCCAACUACUGGCAAACUGCACAACUUUGUAGAUCGAGUACCACUCGGGGUUGUUGUGCAGAUAACCCCCUUCAACCAUCCACUGUUGAUUGCAGUGAAGAAGCUGGCUCCGGCUCUCGCGGCAGGAAACAGCGUUAUCAUCAAGCCGAGCGAACUAACACCGUUGACGACUCUGUUGCUUGCCAAGAUCCUUCACAAAGCGGGAAUUCCAAUCGGGGUUCUCAGCGUUCUUCCUGGUUAUGGUGCAACGACUGGCAAGUUACUCGUAUCUCACCCUCUUGUGCAAAAGGUGGAUGUGACUGGUGGGACAACAGCCGGAAGAGCAAUUGGCUCAAUAGUCGGUGGAAACCUAGCAAAAUACACUGCAGAAUUAGGAGGAAAGGCGCCCCUAGUCGUUUUCAAAAAUGCUGACAUCGACGUCGCUGUCAAUGGUGUCACAUUCGGAAGCUUCAUCGCCAGUGGGCAGACGUGCAUCGCAAGUACAAGAAUUAUUGUGGACAAUGCAAUCUUGAAAGAGUUGAUUCAAAAGCUGAAAACCAAGAUCGAGACAAUUCCAGAUCGAAUGGGAGUUCCAAGCAACCCAGAUUCAAUGAUGGGUCCACUAAUCUCGCACCGACAGCUGGAAGGUGUGGAAAAGCUGGUCGAUGAUUCUUUAUCAGACGGCACAGCAAGAGUGAUCACAGGUGGGAAACGCAUGACAUACACAAGUGCUCUUGAUGGAUUCAACUUUUCAAAAGGAUAUUUCUACGAACCAACAAUCCUCGCCUCAGCAAACGGGACAGACAGUAUAUUGAAAUCGUCUAUCUGGCGUCAAGAAGCAUUUGGACCUGUGAUUGUCGUUAUUGGGUUUGACACAGAAGCACAGGCGAUCGCGCUGGCGAAUGACACUGAAUUUGGACUGGGCGCGAGUAUCUGGACUCAAGAUCUUUCUCAGGCUUUCCGCGUUUCUGGGGAAAUCGAAGCUGGUAUUGUUUGGGUGAACACUCAUCAUCGAAAUGACCCUAGUAGUCCUUGGGGAGGGGCGAAGACUGCUAGUGGUGUUGGGAGCGAGAAUGGGGUCGAGGCUCUUCAUGCGUAUACGAGGAUGAAGAGUACUAUUAUUAACUAUGCUACCCCGGAUGAAUCUUUGGCUACAGAUGACUGGUUUGGCCUGGCUCCUAUACAUGUGAGAUAUGGAUGA